GUUCAGAUGGGUCACAUAUUUCUGAAAAUAUUACAAACCAUUUUAUAAAUUAUUUUGGGCUUAAAAUAGACAGAAAAAAGAUUUAUAGACUAACAGGGGCAGUAGGAGAAAAACAAUCUAUUGGGACCUUUUCAGAUAUUUCUGUUACUAUAGAUAUUGGAAAUGAUACUUUAACAGUUUCUGAUGAGUUUUCUGUUUUACUAACAGAAAAAGAUAGCAAUG